AUGGAAUUCAGAUCCAAAUCAUGCAAGGAUCAAAAUUUUCAGAUUGAAAGCUACAAUGGAGGAAGAGUAGCUCCAACUAGCAUGCAAGAUCUGAGAAGUUACAGUACAAGUUAUGCUGGUUUUGAUCAAAACAAGCAGAUAGAAAAAGGGAAAAGAACAAAAAGUUGGAGUUUUAGUGAUCCAGAAUUGCAGAGAAAGAAAAGAGUAGCUGGUUAUAAAAUAUAUUCUGUUGAAGAGAAAAUGAAAGGGUCUUUGAAGAAGAGUUUUAGGUGGAUCAAGAACACAUGCAGCAAAUUAUGGUGA